AUGACAGGAUUGGAAAACUGGGAAGACUAUAUUUUUCUUCGAAAUACACAAUGUGAAUCUUACAAAAAAAAUAUUUUUCAAACUGAUAUUCCAACAGAUUUAUUACAUGAAUUACCAUUAUUAUAUCAAUUAAAUUCAUCAUAUAAUGAUGCUGAAGUAAUUAUUGAUAUACUUUUAAAUUUAACAAAAUCAAAACGUUUUGAAUUAAUUAAAAGUUUUUUAACUGAUAAAGAUAAAUUUGAACUUGAUCUUUUAUUUUCACGUCUUUGUUCAUUUGUUAAUUUACGUUUUUCAAUUUUUUUACUAAGAAAUGUAUAUUUUUCAUGA